AGCGCUGCGCCCAACCCAGUCCCGCUCCCAGCAGCCGCCGAGCCGCGGACGCAGGACCUGAGGCUAGCUCCAUCGGGCGCGCUUGUUUUCCUGCCGUCACCGCCGCCUCGCCCUGCGCAGCCCCCGCCCGCCCGUCCGUCCGCAGCGCUCCGCUCAGCCCCGCCCGCCCGCCAUCCGUGCCCAGCGCUAGAUUUAUGAAUGGGGGGAAGAGGCCACAUGCCGCCGCCGCCGCCGCUUCAUGUUGACCGCACGCAGGUCGGGUCCGCGGAGCUCCCGCUGCGGUGAGAGCGUCGCCCCAGCUCUGGCAACCGUUCCGAAGACUUGUUGCUGCUGCGCUGCUGCUGCCGCGGAGAAGCCGGAAGCUCCGGGAGCUCGGUGCUGUCUGGGAGCCGGAGGGUGGCCGGUGUGAGUGUGAGCGCGCGCGCGUCCCAGCCCCUUGCAGUGCUCCUGGACUGUGCGCUUCCUCGUCUUUUGGGGGGGCGGAGGGGGGCGUGUCCCGGUCCUGAACGUCUGUGUGCCCAGUCCUCACGGGGGAGAGUGUGUGUGCUUGACCCUAUUUCCCCGGGCCCCUCACUUGGGUCCUCGACGCUGUCAGCCCAGAUCCCAACCACCUGUGAACCUGAGAAACCCAACUCCUCCCGCUCUGCGCCCCGGGGGGGCGGGGGUGAGGCAGGGGCAGGGCCUCGCCGCAGAGGGGGCCGCCGCCGCCUCCUGCCUCCUCCUCAUCUCUUCCCCCUCCCCUGUCUGACGCUGCCUCCUCGGGAAGGGUGUUUGGAGGGCAGCGGCCGCCCCAAGCCGGAGCCCCGCAGCGCUUCUUAUGAUCAGCUCGGUGUGCGUCUCCUCCUACCGCGGGCGCAAGUCAGGGAACAAGCCUCCGUCCAAAACAUGUCUGAAGGAAGAGAUGGCCAAGGGCGAGGCGUCGGAGAAGAUCAUCAUCAACGUGGGCGGCACGCGACAUGAGACCUACCGCAGCACUCUGCGCACUCUACCGGGCACCCGCCUCGCCUGGCUGGCCGAUCCUGACAGCGGAGGCCGACCCGAAUCUGAUGGCGGCGGCGCGGGCAGCAGUGGCAGCAACAGCGGGGGCUGCGAGUUCUUCUUCGACCGGCACCCAGGCGUCUUCGCCUACGUGCUCAACUACUACCGCACAGGCAAGCUGCACUGCCCGGCUGACGUGUGCGGGCCGCUCUUCGAGGAGGAGCUUACCUUCUGGGGCAUCGACGAGACCGACGUGGAACCCUGCUGCUGGAUGACUUACCGGCAGCACCGCGACGCCGAAGAAGCGCUCGACAUCUUUGAGAGCCCCGACGGAGGCGGCGGCGGCGCGGGGCCCAGCGACGAGGCCGGCGACGAUGAGCGGGAGCUGGCCCUGCAGCGUCUGGGCCCCCACGAGGGCGGUGCAGGUCCUGGGGCCGGGAUUGCCGGCUGUCGUGGCUGGCAGCCCCGCAUGUGGGCGCUCUUCGAAGAUCCUUACUCAUCCCGGGCGGCCAGGGUGGUGGCCUUCGCCUCACUCUUCUUCAUUCUGGUCUCCAUCACCACCUUCUGCUUGGAGACCCAUGAAGCCUUCAACAUCGACCGCAACGUGACGGAGAUCCACCGUGUAGGAAAUAUCACCAGCGUGCGCUUCCGGCGGGAGGUGGAGACAGAGCCCAUCUUGACCUACAUCGAGGGUGUGUGCGUGCUGUGGUUCACGCUGGAGUUCCUGGUGCGCAUCGUGUGCUGCCCCGACACGCUGGACUUCAUCAAGAACCUGCUCAACAUCAUCGACUUUGUGGCCAUCUUGCCCUUCUAUCUGGAGGUGGGGCUAAGUGGCCUGUCGUCCAAGGCGGCGCGGGACGUGCUGGGCUUCCUGCGUGUGGUGCGCUUUGUGCGCAUCCUACGUAUCUUCAAGCUCACCCGUCACUUUGUGGGACUGCGCGUCCUGGGUCACACGCUGCGGGCCAGCACCAACGAGUUCCUGCUGCUUAUCAUCUUCCUGGCCCUGGGCGUUCUCAUCUUCGCCACUAUGAUUUACUAUGCUGAGCGCAUUGGCGCUAGGCCCUCCGACCCAAGGGGCAACGACCACACCGACUUCAAGAACAUCCCCAUUGGCUUCUGGUGGGCUGUGGUCACCAUGACGACACUGGGCUACGGGGACAUGUACCCCAAGACGUGGUCGGGCAUGCUGGUGGGUGCACUGUGUGCAUUGGCUGGCGUGCUCACCAUUGCCAUGCCGGUGCCUGUCAUUGUCAACAACUUUGGCAUGUACUACUCCCUGGCCAUGGCCAAGCAGAAGCUGCCUAAGAAACGGAAGAAGCAUGUGCCCCGGCCGCCCCAGCUAGAGUCACCCAUUUACUGCAAGUCUGAGGAGACCUCCCCGCGGGACAGCACCUAUAGUGAUACCAGCCCCCCUGCCCGGGAAGAGGGUAUGGUCGAGAGGAAACGGGCAGACUCUAAACAGAACGGUGAUGCAAAUGCGGUGCUGUCGGAUGAGGAGGGAGCUGGCCUCACCCAGCCCCUGGCUUCUGCCCCCACCCCCGAGGAGCGCCGGGCCCUUCGUCGCUCUGGCACCCGAGACAGAAACAAGAAGGCAGCGGCCUGCUUCCUGCUCAGCGCUGGAGACUACACCUGUGCCGAUGGCAGUGUCCGGAAAGAGACCUGCCAAGACGCCCUCUCGUCCAACUAUGCCCAGGCUGAAGUUCUCACCCUCUCUUAAAGCGGCACCAGCGCAAGAGAGACAGGCAGACAGACAGAAAGCCAAAGGCUUAGGGAAACUCUGGAAACCAGGCAAGAAUCUUUCGCUGGGAAAGACUCAGAUAUCCUUGUUUGCACAGGACUGAUGGGAAUCCUCCCAUGCAACCCUCAGGGCCCAGAGCCAUCUGGGUCUGAUGUUCUGUUCUACUGUACAUUGAAGAGAUAUAUAUGCACAUAUAGUAUCUAUAUUCAUACAUACUAUACUCUUGUGUGUAGUGCACGUGCUAUUGGUGGUCUGUCUUCUUUGUUAGGCUGUGUCUCCCUAAACCCAUCCCCAACCCUCAACCCCCAUACCUUCCUCCUUCACAGAUUUCUUGUUGAUUCUGCUGCAAAUGUGUCUGAAAUGUCCCAGGAAAAGUGUGCCUGGAAACUGCCGGUUCAUCUGGGUGGUCCCAGGCUAGACUUUCCCUCUUGAGGGUGUUUCCCCUGUCAGCAAGUGGCCAAUAAUGGCCCCCUAGGGUCACUGCUCCACUAGCCCCCCACCCCAGAUUGGGGUUCUACCUCCCACCCCACGCCCUAGUUGUGGGGGACUUUCAGGGGCUCCCCUGCAACCUCCACCCCUAACUCUGACCUUGACUGAGGGGGCAGUUUGUCUUAUUUUCCGUCUCCUUCAUCCGUUUGUUUUCAAAGAUGCUGCUGGGCAGAUGGGCAGAAAUGGGGUCUGUCUGCCCAUCUGGCACAGGGGUCUGAGAAGGGUACGCCUUGGGCGAGAGCCAGUUGCAGUACUGUACUUCCCGGCCAGUGGCCAGAGGACGUGUGCAAUAGCAGAGGCCAGACGAUCCCCUCAGCCUUGGCCUCUGCCCCUCCCUUGGCCCUUCUUCCUACCCCACGCCACCCCACCGUCCUUGUCCUGUCCCUGGUGUUGGUCAGUCCUUUCUAAGUUGUCCCCUUGUGUGUGUCUGAGGCAUGCCUAGGCUGGGCUCCCUGCCCUGUCCGCAUGCCUCUGGCUGUCUUGCUGUGCUGGAGCCCAAUAAAGACAUCUGGAGCCUUCUAGCUGCUCCUGCUGUGUGCGUGUCUGC